AUGGUUCUCUUGUUUAAUUUGGCUGUAGCUUUCUCUGCCCUUGGUGUAGUGUAUGCUGCACCGAGUCCAGACCUUCCCAACUUCUCGGGACUUGUUUCUCGUGACACUCCUCAAGGAACUGGCACGAACAAUGGCUUCUUUUACUCAUGCUGGAGUGAUGGAGGAUCGUUCAGCUACAACAACUUGGAAGGUGGGAGGUACUCUGUGAAAUGGAGCAGUGGCUCAGGCAACUUGGUUGUUGGCAAAGGCUGGAAACCUGGUGGACCUAAAACUGUCGUCUACAAUGGAACAUGGACAUGUCCUGGUAACGGAUAUCUUUCUCUCUACGGAUGGACAAAAAAUCCAUUAGUAGAAUACUACAUCGUUGAGACAUACGGCACAUAUAACCCCUCUUCGGCAGCAUCUAAGAAAGGUUCCGUUACCUCAGACGGCUCAACCUAUGACAUCCUCCAAACGACCCGAACAAAUCAGCCAUCAAUCAUAGGUACUGCGACCUUCCAGCAAUACUGGAGUGUACGCCAAUCCAAGCGUGUUGGAGGAACAGUCACAGUUGGGAACCAUUUCGACGCUUGGGCCAAAUUGGGCAUGAAAUUGGGCGCUCAUGACUACAUGAUAAUUGCGACGGAAGGAUAUCACAGUACUGGGUCUGCUGAUAUAACUGUUGGCGAAAAAGUAUGA